AUGCUGACUCCGCUCGGAAAGUUCUCAGCUGCAAAGUUUGCUGUCCGGCUGCCUGGGGUUUGGGAAGCUCGGGCACCCUCCCGCGCCGUGGCUCCUGCUUCUACCCCGCCGCCCCCACCGUCGCGCUCCUCCAGGCUGGGCCUGUGGCCGCGGCGCUUUUUAAUCUUCCCCCAGCGCAGAAACUUGCUGCUCGGCCCCCAGGAGAGCAACUCAACGGGAACGAUGUGGAAGGUAUCAGCUCUGCUCUUCGUUUUGGGAAGCGCAUCGCUCUGGGUCCUGGCAGAAGGAGCCAGCACGGGCCAGCCAGAAGAUGACAUUGAGACUACAGGUAUGGAAGGCGGCAUUGCGAUGCCAGGUGCCGAAGAUGAUGUGGUGACACCAGGAACCAGCGAAGACCGCUAUAAGUCUGGCUUGACAACUCCGGUAGCAACAAGUGUCAACAGUGUAACAGACAUUCACAUCGAGGAUCUGCCAACCCCGGAAAGCACAGUCCACGCCCAAGAACAAAGUCCGAGUACCACAGCCCCAAAUGUGGCAACCAGUCACUCCACAGAGAAAGUGGAUGGAGACACACAGACAACAGUUGAGAAAGAUGGUUUGGCGACAGUGACCCUGGUUGGAAUCAUUGUUGGGGUCUUAUUAGCCAUUGGCUUCAUUGGUGGGAUCAUCGUUGUGGUUAUGCGAAAAAUGUCGGGAAGGUACUCGCCCUAAGGAGCUGAAGGGUUACACCCUGCUGCCAACAUGCUUAAAAAAGACUGUUUCUGACUCUGCGCCCUGUCCCUGAGCUCGUGGGAGAACAUGACCCGUGGAGCACUUGCCCAGCUCACUCGGAAUCCACGGUGACCUCUCCGCUUGCCAAAGUAACUGAAGGAAAGACUGUUCACCAGACUUGGCUCCUCUAAACAUUUGCCUUUCAAACAUGUUUUUGAAUAUACAUUCUCUAAAAGAUGAUUUGAAAGACAAAAUUCGUAGAAAAUGGAGCAAAACUGUAUAAGCUGAUUUGUAACUAAGACUGGACCGUUGGAUUGAUGUUAGAUGCUGUAACCAUGUGUCUCCAUCUGACCAUUCUUGUUAUUGUUAAAAUGCAGAGGAAUCUGGAAAUAUUUAUAUCCACGGAGUCCUUGGAUCCAGUGCCACGUCAGUAAAUAGCACCAGCGUUUUACAAUUGCUGAUCUGCUGAAAUGUACCACACAUUCUGGUCUAGUUUGUUCUAUCUUUUAAAGCCUUAUCUGGUGUGAAUAAUCAAGUAGAAAAUCUAAACUUGGAUAACGCGUGAUGAGCAACUGCCUUUAGCUGGUCCAGAUUAAUCAUUUCAAAGAUAUCCAUUUUAGAUCACAAGCAGGAAGUCUGUAGUCUCAAAGGCACUUUGUAUCUCCCGAGUAGGCCACCAGGCAGCCCCUAGAGUUGCUUUACCCAAAUCCUUCUCCAGCCAUGACUUGGUGACUCCAAGCUUGCUUCCACCUGCCCCCUCCACUUCCCUCAGAUGAUGGGGAGCCAGGGUGAAGGGGGCAGCCUUCUCUCUUCCCAAUGAUGCAUAUCCUUCGGAUUGGCUGCUUUGUUCUGGAAUAUGGAUAUCUCAGCCUGGAUGCCGAGGAAGCUGCUGGAUGCUUCAUGGUGCUAGUGGCUCAAGUGUUUUUAAAACUAAGAGCCACGUUGGCCCCCGUGCAGAAAGAAAUCCUAUGUGAGCUUCUCAUAUGAGAAAUAAAAUCUGCCAGUUUUAUAACAACAUUCACUUUCUGCCUCUGAGGAAAGAUACAGGGAACAAAAAUCAUUUUGUACAAUCCUAAUUUUAAAAGCAGCUGGACUUAAAUACCUGGUUUAAAAAUAGAAGCUAUCCCCAGUCCUCAUGACAUACCACAAAUAUCUGUGGGGUCCUAUUGAAAAGAACGAAAUAAAGGAGCCCAAGGGUCAUUCUGUCUCAGCACCAUCCAGCCUGGCACUUCUCUUCCCAUAUAUCCGUUGGAUUUUUUUUUUUUUCUAAACAAAGUUUUUAUACUGAGCAGAUGCUGUAUCGUGAUUGCGGUUGUGCAAUUCUGGUAUCCACUAAAUUUGUAAGCAUUCGUAAAACAGGAAAAAGUAAACUAUCAGUCAGAAGCACAGCCCAUUCCUCCCAUUUUUUGCAAUAAUGUGUGGAUGUUAUUUUAAACAGUGUGUCUAUGUGUUCCCAAAUCCAGCUGGCCCCACCGGCUCAGAUUCCACAUAUAUAUAUAUAUGUUUUUUUUUUUUAAACGUAGUCUGCAACCUCCGCCUCCUGGCAAUUGUACAUGUGUCAGGACAUCAAAAAGCAAUUCUCCUGCCUCAGCCUCCCAAGUAGCUGGGACUACAGUUGCCCGCCACCACACGCGGCUCAUUUUUGUAUUUUUAGUAGAGACGGGGUUUCACCGUGUUCGGGGUUUCACCGUGUUGGCGAGGAUGGUCUCGAUCUCUUGACCUCGUGAUCUGCCCACCUCGGCCCCCCGAAGUGUUGGGAUUAUAGGUGUGAGCCACUGUGCCCUUCCUCAGAUUCCAUAUUUGAACAUCAGCUGUUUGAGAGAAGGGGAGUGAGAAGAGCUGGAUGAGCUUAAAUAACUUUCACUUUCGUUGUUCAGAUUCCUGAACAGGAGUUGGGAUAAUGGCCAUCUUCUCUUUCCUAUCCUUUCUUCCCCCCUCACUGUGAAAAAUAACAGUCCAUCCCAAGUCAUACACUGGACCCAGUGCCUGCGGGGACAGGACUGUGGGUUUCUUGGUCACACCUGUGUUGGUGCUCAAUGCAGUGUAGACAUGUUUUCAAAUAAAACAGAUGAUUGUGUACAA